CCAAUCUGUCUAAAUGUAGGCGGCUAAUUUUGGUCAAUUCAUCUAAUUUUUCGCUCACGUCAUCUCUCUACUUCUACAAUAAAAAAACACUUCUUUCUUCUCCUCAUAUACUCAAUACAAAUCUCAUCUUUCUUUACUUUCUUCAUCACUCCCAAUCACAUUCAACAGAAAAAUACCUAAAAUUUCUUCAAAUCACAAUCAAAAAAAUGAGUUACUACAAUCAACAACAACCCCCUGUUGGUGUUCCUCCUCCUCAAGGUUACCCACCAGAAGGGUACCCAAAAGAUGCAUACCCACCAGCAGGGUAUCCUGCACAAGGCUACCCUCAAGGCGGAGGGUACCCACCUCCACAAGGUGGUUAUGGAUACCCUCCACAAGGAGGGUACCCUCCUCCUCAAUAUGCCCCUCAAUAUGCUCAGCCCCCACCUCAACAACAACAAAGUAGUGUUGGUUGCAUGGAAGGAUGUUUGGCUGCUCUCUGCUGUUGCUGCCUAUUGGAUGCCUGCUUUUGAUCGAUACAGCUUGCCCUGAAGAAUUGAUUUGAAUUGAAAUCGUGAUUGUUAGACACAAUUCAUAUGAGAUGGACUACAAGAGUAUCUUUCGAAUCAUAUGUAGUUAAAUUGUUUGAAUCCGCUUCCCUUCCCUCCCCUUCCCCUCUCAAACCGAUCUUAAUUUGUUAUCGUAAAUAAAAGUUUGUGUGUUUUGUCCUCUCAAA